CGCUCAGACUGGAACGGAAAGCGGUCGUACUUGGGGGCGGUCGCGGUGCGGCCUGUGACUUAUUGUGUCUGACAGUGAUUUAUUAUUUAACUUUUAUACUCUUUAGUGACAGUGGUUAACAUCAGUGACAACUUAAAGAAGUGCGAAAUUAAUUAUUGUUAUUGACAGUUUUCUCGGGAAUGUACUGAGUUCUAAAAUGUUGAAAAUCGGAGUAAGAUCGUUAUGGAUCUGUAGUUUCAAGAAGUUUGGUAUCCUUCUUUUAUUUCUGAGCCAUUUUUCACUUUUUCAGUGCCAGAUAAUUCGUAAAAGCAUAGAACUGCCUAUAAAAGAUUAUCUGUCCUCGCCUAGAUCGAGUAGGGCUCAUGGGGAUGGUAAAGACCCGUUGUACGUUUUAGGCGGUAACAUCGACAGUGUAAGGAGUUUUGAAGUGUUGUCACCUCACACUCCUGCCUCAUCGUUGAUGUUCGCAGACCUGGCAAAACGGACCAACACGAAAGUCAGUACUCCCGCAUCCUGAUCAUCCAAACGUGGAACCAGUAGUGGAAAACAGAGGUAGGAGUGGAGAAAACAAAAUUCCUAAUUUGUUUUUACCGGCGACACCCCCCACUAUUGAUUUCUUGGAUUCAAGAUUUAGCUAUGGUAAAUUGUCUAGUAAUAAUUUAGUUUCUUCCCCUGUAACUUCACCUCGAUCACUAGACUUAGUUGUAAACUCUAAGAAGGGAUAUUCAUUUUCAUUCACCGCGCCUUCUGUUGAUUACCCUGAAAGUCAUGGACAACAAGCUGCAGCUCAAGAGUUUAUCCCAAACUAUAGCACUCCUUUUCCUUCUUUAUACCAAAAUAAUGAUGCAGUAUUCGGAUAUUUUAAUCAAUUUCAAACUCAUAACCCCACAACACCAGAAGAUGUCGUCGGGCGACAGGCAUAUGACUACUCACAUUAUGUAACACCUGUUCCUCCAGAGUAUAUUGCAUCUAGCUACGAGGACGGUGUUGGUUCCUUGCAUAGUAUCCCACCUUUGCCGUACAAUAUUCCUCCGAUAUACAACCAAUCGAAAGGAUCCGAUGAACGCUACAGUCAAACUAAAGAAACUCAUGCUCGCUCUAAAAACUCCGGAGAAGAGGAAAGUUCACCUGAAAAGUCUGAUAAAGAUGAAAAUCCUUUGCCUUCUGUUCCUCCGACGAUUGGCGUUAUUGGAUGGAAAUCUAAUACAGAUCAUGAUACUAGUUGGAAGCCAAAUAAAGCCCUCAUGGGAAUAGCUAAUGAAUACAUUAAAGAGGAUAUGAAAAAUGAUGGUAAUAAAAAGGAGAAUUCGACUCACUAUCCGAAUAAAAGUGUAGAGGAAAACAGUGGAAAAUAUGAAAGCCAUAAAAAUAUCGAAGAGGAAGGAAAUAGCGAAGCGGAAGAUCAAGGAGAUGAUGAAGAAGAAGAGGAAGAAGAAGAAGAAAACUCUGAAGAGGAGGAGGAAGAAGAAGAAAAUAACGACGAAGAAGAAGAUGAAGGUUAUGAAUCUGAGGAAGUAGAAGAUUAUGAUGAUGAUGAUGAAAAUAAGAGUGAACCACCUGUGCCACCACCGUCAUAUUCACCCCCAUCUUAUUCGGCUGAAAAUUCAGGUAGUUCCGAGCAUAAUCAGUAUGAAAAUGACCCGUAUCCUCCUAUUUUUUACGAUGAUGCUCCGACUCUACCCCCAGGCCCCCCGUAUUACCCACCACCCCACGAACAAGAUCCGAGAACUAACUUCGGUGGCUACGUACCCCCACCAUCAUUUUCACUGGGAGUGCCGCCUUUUGAAAGUAUUGAGAAGGAUGUUCUCCAGACUUGGACGCCUGUGACACCAAGAACUAAUGGAGGAAGUUGGCCCAACAGCGGAGAAUCGGUAUUGCUAAACGGUUCUCCUGAAGAAGGAGGAUUCCAUUUCUUUCAAUGGAAUAAGUUUCGUCACUCAAAAAGUCCAAAAGAAGAAGAAAGAAAUACCUCAACAAAAAGCCGUUACAACUCAAGCCGAGAAGAUUCGAGAUAUGAUGACGAAAGAAGAGAUAAUAACGGCCUUACAACACCAUUUAGAAACGGUUACAUCAAAAAGAGAAUAGUUAAGAGUAAAGUACAUCCCUUAAAACACAAUCGCCAUCGGGACUUAAGAGGAGAUCGAAGUGAAAGUUACGAAGUAACGGAUAAAGAAGGAUCCGGUCCAACUCCGCCGCCUCUAGACUCUGAAGAACGAGAACGCGUGAGUGACCAUGAGUUUCCCCGCAAAGUACCGACUCGUCUGCGUUAUCCUGGAGGUGGUCUUUGGGCGAAACCACAGCCAGACUCAGGUAUUGAUCUUGGGUUUGUGCCUAAAAAGACUUAUACCCAAACACGGCGACACAAUACCGUGAAACAUCUGCCCAGAGAUGCUGCUCUCAGCCAAGCAUCCACCCAGGAAGAACUGGUCAACGCCCCCCGCUUGAGAGAAGUCGUAUCCCACAAAAAAACUCAAGAGGUUUACGAAGAAGAGGGCUAUGAGGAUUCCGGUUACGAUCAUGGAGGCUACAAAAAACAUGGUGAAAGUGAAGUAGACACUAAUAACCACAGUUUUAAUGAUGAUUAUGUUCCAAAGCAACUAAAGGAAUCAAGCGUAGAUGAUACCUUGAAAGAUCACGAAUCUCAUCUGGAAGCGAUUCAAGAAAAUGAUCCUUCUGGAGAAAGCUCUUCAAAUAAAUCAGUACAAAACAAUGAGAAUCCCAACGUUAAAGUAUCUUGGAAACAAGAAAAGACUACUUCUAAUGAGCGGAGCAUGGCAUUUCUGGAUGAUAGGGGUAAAGGUGGAAUCCUCACGCAGAAACAUCCUACAAAAACUGAAGGUGUCAUUGGAAAAUAUUUGAACACUGAAAAGAAAUACAAUCCUGUAAUAACUGAAUCAAAUCGAGAUCCAGGAACAAUUACUGGUCAUAACAGACCCGUGUCAUUCCAAAGAUUCGCUUCUUUCCAAAAUGCCAAUCCUUAUAGCAAUGAUUACACUGAUUUGUCAAGUAAAUACGACUGGACUACAUCGAAGCCAAACACUGUGAAGUUUAACUACUACCAAAAGAACUGGAAUGGAAACAAAAACCCCUUUCCGACUGAUAUAGGAAGGCAAAUCGGCAACGAUGGUAUAACUUCUGAUGCAGGUUCUAGCCAAACAUCUAUACCACUAACAAGGCUCGUCGAUAAAAGAAUGCGUAGUUCUCCGUCAUCUUCGAAUUCGAAAAUAAAUAAUACACCGUUAAACCCCCACUUACGAAAUACUAAGCCUCCACAGAAAUAUCAAUCAGAUACUAAGAAUGAACCCAUUUCCCAAAACUAUAAUACUUACAUUUCAGGCAGAAAUGUACACUACCGUAAUCUUCAUAAGCCUGAUUUAAAUGAUGGACAGAGCAUUGGAGAGUUUUCUAAAGGAAUAUCUGACUAUCCCUCAAAUAAAAAUAAACAUUCAUCUCGUUUUACAAACUUACGACCAAGUGAAAAUGAAAAAUAUUCAGAAGAAAGUAUAUCAGUUUAUUCACUGGACACACAACCAAGUAGUAAGGAGCGGAGAUCUAGAGAUCUCACGGCCUUUGGUGUAGAUGGGAGAGAAUUUAUUUCACAGAGUGACUUUACCCAUCCUACGCAAGCAUUAAGAGCAAUUGAAGAACAACUCUCCUCUAUAUCGACACGAAGAUCUGGAGGAACUCCAACAACUAGGCCGAUUUCUAAAAGUGGAGAAGAACCCUCAGGAAGGAAAUACAAGGAAAUCGUUAGGGACUCAAGUCAAAGUCAGGAAGAAGUUACAACUAGUAGAGGUGAAAGACUUCUAAGAGUUAAAUUGAAGAAGGAUGAUCUCAAUAGUAGACACCCUUUUCUUCCUAUAGACGGAGAUAGGGAUGUUCAAAUUGACUAUGUUCAAACAAGAACAAGGGUACAACCAGAUACAGAUCUGACAGAGAGGAGACACCACUACAACAGAGAUGACGUCGAUAUUCCUCCAGUAACUGAACAGCCAGUUAUUACAACAACACCAAAACAUACCACAGUCACGAGUCCAACUACCACGGAAUAUACACCUGAGGAUCCAGCCCAAACUCUUGGCAGACUCAGAAGUAACGUUUUUCUUUCUUCUGUUUUUUCGAGUCAAGAAAAUAAAGAAGAGGAAAGCUACCAAGCUGAUAAACAGUCGACUACCACACCAAAAAUAACAACUUACAGAGCAAAGACAACAACCGAAGAAGAAGGAUUGGUAAAAGAAACCCCAGAAGAGACCUUUGAAAGACUUAAAUCUAACCCAUUUCUUACUGCUAUAUUUCUUAAUAAGAAUGACUCAGCAGAGACUGACGAAAGAAAACCGCUAAAAAGACGCGGUAGAACCAGGCCUAUAGUUGUACUUCCAGAUGAUUCUGACAUAGCAACUGAUUCAUCUGUGAAACACGUUGAGCAGCUUACUCUUGCCCAUUAUUCCGGACCAAGCAACGGUCUUUUAUAUAAACAGGUUCCUACGACAACUCAACACAGAAUAUCGAAUUUGGCAAAGCAUCUGAACAGAGAAGGAGUGGAGCCUAUGCAUAUCGUUAUUCGCAGGAGCGUUGACUCUCAGUAUGAGCAACAGGGCGAUAUAGGAACAACAACGGAGAUGUCAGUAGACUUGGAGAAAUAUCCUUUCUACUAUUCUCCUACAUCAGUGAACCUCCCCAAAUAUUCUCCUCUUAGAUAUGCAACCAAUCCCAAAGAUAUUCCAAUAAAAAGGAAUAACAGAAUGAACUUUUAUGAAUCUAGAGACAAAGCAGUAAAAUGUGAUGAACCGAGCCCACCUAAAAAUAUCAUUCCAAAACGGCACAAAGACGGAGAAUGGAAUAAAAAACCUGAAGUGGUUGGUCAGCGUUUAGGAAAACUAGGAGACCAAAUUGAUUGUUUAAAAAUGAAAUAUUUUGGGAUAGAUCCUUUGGACAGCCCAUUCUUUAAAGAGAAAGAAAUUGAAGCUGUAAAUACGGCGAAACAUCCUACAAAUGAAGACAGAUACGGACUUUAUUUUGAUGUUGUACAAAACAUUAAAUCAAACUUCCAAAGUGAAAGCAGAAUACAAAGUGACAGUAACGUUAAUGCUAAUCUCUUUCCAACACCGAAAAUCAACGAUCGGCUAAAAACAGCAUCAUAUUUUCAGCAUGUUCCUGGUAAAAAGGGUUCAGAUCUAGAUAUUAAUAAAUACAACAGUAGUUAUCAAAAUAAGGACCCAGUGGUUUUCGAAGAAAGUAGAAUUAUUUUAAAACCAUUGAUAAAAAGAGAAAACCGUAAAGAGAUGUCCUCAAAUUCACAAAAUAAAUCGAAUCCAUUUACGCCUAUUAGUGAAAAGUCAAAUAUAUCGUAUUCUACAAGUACAUCGGAUAGCACUACAAUUUAUGGAGACCAAAUUAGGACUAAGCAUGAUCUUACACAGUUACACUCUCCUAAAAAUGUAUUCAUUUCUUUAAGAAGUAAAGGUACAUCAAACCAUCCCAGAAUCGGCGUUAUAAAGCGAGCUUCAUCGCCUUACAAUUUAAAUAUUAAAGUAGUACCUAUGAGCACUGUAGGGUACUUAAAAUCCCAUCCUCCUCUUCACAUUUCACUAAAACAUGCUUUAAACUUUAACAACAAUUCGAAUAGUAGUGGUGAAUUAAUUAAUAAACUUGAAAGUAUUUCCAGUCAAGUGAGUAAAGUUACGAAAAGAAAGAAAUUUCCCGAAGGAAGAAUAAAGCAUGAUCUUACAGGAACUUUUGUUUCAAUUAAAUCUGACAUUUCUGACUCCAAGUCUGAGCCAUAUUCCGAUAAACCUAGUAUCAAAGAAGUUAAUAUAGAACCAUUGCCUAAUAAUGAAUCGUCAAGAAAACCAAAAUAUAGAGUUAAAAGAAAUCAUGAAAACGAUAAGUAUAUAAAUUCUAAGGAAAGUUUGGAACUUAAAAAUCUUCUGUUCCAAAAAUACUCUGAGAUUCUGGCCAAAGAACAUUCUGAAGCAUCCGCUAAGGGUAAUAGUGGGGAACGCAACACAUCUGAAAAAGCUUUGGCUAGAAAAAACAUUUCUACAACCACUUCAAGAAAUAUUGGCGGUUUUUUUAACAGAGGAAACCAUCCCUACAGCAGCAGAUACAGUGCCGUACAAGAGAGCCCUGACACCAGCAGUGACGUAAAAGACGCAAAAGUCAACAAAUUUUCUGUAAAAAAUCCAAUAAGAAACGAAAAAUUAAGAUUCCCUAAGCUUAAUAUGAAUACCAGGACAGUAAGUGAUUCUAGCAGAACUAAGAUUUCGAGUUCACCGGAUCCAAUAACUUUGAGAAUGUCUACAACAACAACCUCAACAACGACAGAGGAACCUCCCACGACCACAACCAGAAUGUACAAACCCAGAGUAAUUUACAAGAAAGAGUACGGAAAACCUCUGGACAAAGUAGUAAACAUUUUUGCUGUUUUAAAUCGCCAGCCGCCUUCAAGUAUGGAAAAGGAAAUAACAACAUCGACUGAGUACAUCGAUGAUAUCAGAUCGUCGACACCAGAAACUACAUCUAAGCCUAUAAAGAGGCUCAAACCAAAACGACUUCAGCAAUUUGAAAGAAGGAGAUUCACCAAAGAAGAAGUUGUGAGAGAGACCUACACUCCAGUUAGUGAGAUAACCGAACGAUCAGACAAAAUAGACGCUAUCUAUGACCAUCCAGACCUUAGAGGUCCAGUUUCCAGGAUAUCUCGAGGUACUCCUGACGAAUACGAUGAAAUGUUAGUUUAUAUCGUGAAUCCAAGAACUGGAAUUGGAGAGUGGAAGAUGCUGCCAGUUGCAACAAAAACGAUCUCAAGAAUGGAUGAUGAUAUUCGAGAUUAUUUACAGAACCACGGAAAUAUAUUAAGACAAUCGAAAACACGUAAGCAAACCUCCAAGGACAAUGUAGAACAUGUAAAACACUCAAGGCUGAAGCCAGUUGAGGACAAAUAUGGAGAAAUGGCGUACAAACCCAAUACAGGUAACGCCCCUGAUGGAAACAGUGGAACAGAAUCCGAUCCAAAGAUCUCCAGAAGUAAGAGCCGAAGAAAACACACCUCUAGAACACACAAAAACAAGAUGUACCUGAACAGCAGUGAAUUGAGAACGAUGCCACCACCAGCGAGUGAGGCUGCACUAGAGUACGCUACUCCCGAGUACGCGACCCCCGAGUACGCCACCUCUGAGCACGUCAACCCCACCGAAAUUCUUCCUACUUCUACAUUCUCAUACACAACAUUUCGACCGAAGAUUAUCAGGGAUCCUCAGAAACGAAGAUAUUUUUACGCCAAAAUCUGAACUUUUCAAUGACUCCCCUUUAUUAAGUUUUGUUAAUGUGUGUGAAUAUUAAAGUCCUUAUUCAAGGAUUCAUUCCGCGAACAAUUUUCAUACUUUAAUCUUAAGUGUUCUUGUGGCACUGUGUCUUAGAGAGUUUGCAUGUCGCAAUAAAUCAUUUAUUUUUUAAAUAG